AUGGCUCUGGACGUAAUCGGUUCAGGUGGGGGCGGCGGAAAAGGAGGCGGCGGGCUCGGCGGCCACUGGGCGAUGGGCGGCGGUGGAGGGGGACUCGGUGGCGGUAACGGGGGUGGAAUCGGUGGUAGUAACGGCGGCGGAGAAGGCGGUGGAGAAGGUGGAGAAGGUUUUGGAGGUGGCGAGGUGGCAACGGCGGCGGUGAAGGGAGCGGUGGCGAAGGUGGAGGAGGGGAAGGUGGAGGUGAAGGAGGAGGAGACGGCGGCGGCGAAGGAGGUGGCGGCGAAGGAGGCGGGGAGGGAGGAGGAAACGGAGGUGGAUUCGGCGGUGGCGAAGGAGGCGGCGAAGGCGGUGGUGGACUUGGAGGUGGUGGAUUUGGAGGUGGUGAUGGAAAAGGCGAAGGAGGAGGCGAGGGGGAAGGACUCGGUGGCGGGCUCGGUGGCGGGCUCGGCGAAGGUGCAGGCGGAGGAGAAGGAGGAGGCGACGGCGGGGGCAAAGGUGGCGGACUCGGCGAUGGAGGUGAAGGAGGAGGAGGUCUAG